GUGCCUGGGCCAGCGCUUGUUUUCGCCGCGGUUUGCCCUGCGCCGGGGGGCGACGUGGCCACGUGGGGCGCGAUCCUGGACGCGCUAGCCAGGCUGCGGAGCCGUUCCCCGCAUGCCUCCUUUCUCGUCGCGGGGGACGCGAACAUCUACUUGUCUGACAUCCUUAUGCACCAGCCUGGCUGCAGCUGCGGCCACUGCCGCCAGUCUCAGGAGGACCGCGCCAUCGAGGCGAUGCUCUCCGCUGCCAGGCUUUUUGCCUGCAACCCGCCGGUGCCCACGCAUGAUUCAGGCACGUGCAUCGAUCUUGUUCUCGCGGGCCUGGGCCAGGCGGUCUCGGUCACUGUCAAGGAGGCCGUGGCUAUGUGCUCUGACCGUCGCUUGCUGUGUUGGUCGCUGGCGUGCCAGUGCGACCGCUCCAAGCACGUGGGGUUCGGUCGUGUCAGUUGGCGCGCCGAUUCCCAGUGGGAUCAUGCCCUCGAGGCGGUGGCGCCGCUUCUCCAAGCUGCAGCGUCCUCGGUUGAGCUAUGCGUGCAUGCGCCGUGGCUCCGCCCCCCGUGGAGCGGGGGCCAGGCUUCUGUGGCCCAGCGACGAGCGCUGCUGGAUGUGGCCGCGUGGUCGCGGGACGCGUUAUACACCCUUGUGGGCCACGCGGCGGGGGUCGCCCGAGCGGUGUCGUCGGCGGCGUCCCACAAGCGACGCCGGCCUGCUGGGCUGGCUCCAGCGGAUUUCUCCGACCACCAGGCGUAUAAGAGGGCACCUGCGCAGGCGGCCUGGGAUGCCCGACAGGGCGCGGCCCGACAUUUCCUUCAACUUCGGGCCUCGAACCCGGGCGCCGCGGAGCGUUAUUUGUCUUCCUUUAAUGCGCAGGAUCGGUUUGAAAUCGCUCUCGCUGACCCUGCCACUGGCCAGGCCCUGAGCGCGGAUGCCGUGCUCCAGGCCCUUGAGCAGGAUCUCCAGGCGAGAGCGAACAAUGGCUUCCCUCACGACCCAGCGGCCAUCCUCGCCACUGCGCGCGCCGUUUCAGCCGUUCGCCAGAGUGGUGCGGCCCGCGCUGGUGCCCCAACCACUAGGGGUCGGCGCCUGUACACCAUGGGUGAGCUGGAUGACGUGUUAGCGUCGUUCAAGGUGACCUCCAGCGCGCUCCGUGGCUGCUACGCAUCUGUUAAGUCCGCCUGCCCGCAGGGCAGGCGCCUCACGUUAGCCCUGGCGAAUCUAUCCAGGUCGUGUGGACUGACCAGCACGUGCUGGUCCGAGAGGCAGUUUACGCCGCUCCAUAAGUCAGGGCCGCGAUUGGUGCGUGCUGUCGCCUGCCUUCGACCCAUCUCGAUCUCCACGGUCAUGUCUGCGGUUGUGGACGCCCUCUGGACACAGCGCAACCGCCCCACGCUUACCCGGUAUUGUGGUGCGGGCCAGCAGGGCGGGGUCGGGGACCCCCUGCUGGUCCUGCUCGCGCUGCUCCUGCACGCGCAGCUCCGUGGUGCCCAAGCACUGCCCACGUACUGGGCGCUCACUGACCUUCGAUGGGCUUUUGACGUAGCUUCGCAUGACGCCAUGCUUCUGUCCUCGUUCCUUGGCGGUGUGGUCGAGGACGAGUGGCUUUUGCUCGACGACUUUAUCCACAUGGACACUCAGUUUGUGGCCCUCCAGGGGCUGGCAUCCGAGCCCUUUCAGCUGCCGUGCGGCACUGCUCAGGGUAAGCGGUUGUCGGCGUUCGUGUUCAACGCCCAAGUGAAAUGGCUAGCUGAUGCUGUAAGGAUAGUCCUUUCGCAAGGUAGGGUCUCCGCCGCAGCACUGGGCGAGGUCACGCCGGGGCCACGUGCCGCGGCGGAACUGGCCGGGUGGGUAAGCGGGGAGCCGACUGAAGCCGACCGCGCCGCCGUGCAUGACGCACUCGGCACUGACCACCUGCAGCCGCUUCAGUUCUCGGACGACCUGUCCGUUGCGUGCCCGCCCCCCGGUGCUCUCCGUGCCGUCGUCUCCGCCGAGCCGGACUCAGCGUGCAGUCGGUUCGCGCGUGCUGUCCGUGCGGACUUCAACUACGCCUCUGGUAAGACGGCGGCCAUGGCCGUGGAUGGGAGCCCAAACCCAGGCUGGGUGGGUUGCCCCGUAGUAGACCAGAAGUUAGUCCUCGGCGUCCUCUUUGAUGCCGACCUCUCGUUUCAACCCUUGUUGCGCUCAACUCUAGCCCGUGGUCGUGCGCUGUUCGAGGCGCUAUUCUACGCCGGGGAGAGCGGGGGAUUCGGCCUCCCAGUGCUCUCUACGCAGGUCCCUCUCCGGGUCGAGGCCGCCAUCCUUUACCCUUCCCCCUUCUUGCUCUUGGCCCAGCGCGCUGAAUGCGAGUUGAAUCGCAUGCAGGCCACGUGGGCCAGACGGCUCCUGGCGUGCGCCACUGGGCCCCCCGUGCCUGCCGAGGUGGCUGUUGUGCAAUGCGGCUGGACGUGCCGUUUGGGCACGCGGAUGCUCGAGCGUGCGAUCAUGGCGCGCGCCCGCCUGCUGGCGCAGCCUGCGGACCACCCCGGCGCCCGCAUGAUCUCCUUGGCGCGCUCCCGUUCGUGCGCCACCUGGGCGAGCGUCGUAGCGUGCCGCAUGGCGGAGCAGACUCCGCCAAUCCUGGACAUUGACGUUCGCCCCGCUUUCCGCCACCCGCUGCGCAACGCCCGCUGCUCGCUGGAGCUGCGCCGAUCUGUACUGCGCAACUUUAAACUCCAAGUGGUCCGCCCGGCCCUGAGGGCGCGUGACUUGGCGGCGUUCCAGCGCGCCGCGUGCGCCCGCCUGCCCGCGCUCGGUGUGUCCUAUGCCGUUCUUGUCCCUGAACCCCACCAGCUACCCGUGGGCGUGCUCGGUCUGGACUUUGGACCGCGUAUGUGGCGCGAGUUCCGCAUUUGGGCCGUGGCGCGCAUGUCCGGGGCGGGCGUGUACCUGUGCCAGUUCUUCCGCGACGGGCCGCCGCCCGAGCAGAGAUGGCACCGCGUUCUCUUCGUGGCGCGCGCCCUGCGUGAUUCGAUCGGCCCGGGCGCGUUCUGCCACAGGGAA